AUGCCUACCGCCGGUCAGAAAGCUAAGACCCCUGGAGGCAUCCAAUCGUAUUACCAAGCCAAGAUUGAGGCUGCUGAACUUUUGAUUAAUCAAAAAACACAGAACCUGCGUCGAUUGGAGGCUCAACGGAAUGCACUGAAUGCUCGAGUGCGCCUGCUACGUGAGGAGCUUCAGCUCUUACACGAACCUGGAAGUUACGUUGGAGAGAUUGUGAAGGUUAUGGGAAAGAAGAAAGUCCUCGUCAAGGUGCAACCUGAAGGCAAAUACAUUGUUGACUUCGACCCGUCAAUCGAGCUGUCUCAGCUUUCCGCUUCAUUGCGUGUGGCUCUCCGUUCUGACUCUUAUACCAUCCACAAGAUACUGCCGAACAAAGUCGACCCACUUGUCUCCCUCAUGAUGGUGGAGAAAGUCCCUGAUAGCACGUACGAAAUGGUGGGAGGUCUGGAUAAGCAAAUCAAGGAAAUCAAAGAAGUUAUCGAGUUGCCCGUCAAACACCCAGAGCUCUUCGAGUCUCUUGGUAUUGCACAGCCCAAGGGUGUUCUUCUCUAUGGCCCUCCUGGGACGGGAAAGACCCUUCUCGCUCGUGCUGUUGCACACCACACCGACUGCAAAUUCAUCCGUGUUUCGGGCUCUGAGCUUGUUCAGAAAUACAUAGGUGAAGGAAGCAGAAUGGUCCGGGAGCUAUUCGUCAUGGCCAGGGAACAUGCACCUAGUAUCAUAUUUAUGGACGAGAUCGAUUCUAUCGGCAGUUCGCGAGGAGACAGUGGUUCGGGAGGUGGCGAUUCGGAAGUACAACGCACGAUGCUGGAACUUCUCAAUCAGCUGGAUGGUUUCGAGGCCACAAAGAACAUCAAGGUUAUCAUGGCUACGAACCGUAUAGAUAUAUUGGAUUCUGCACUUCUUCGUCCGGGACGUAUUGACCGAAAGAUCGAAUUCCCUCCCCCUGGCCCAGAAGCUCGCGUCAGCAUUCUCAAAAUCCACUCUCGCAAGAUGUCUCUGCAACGCGGUAUCGACCUCAAAGCACUUGCCGAGAAAAUGGGUCAGUGCUCAGGUGCCGAAGUGCGCGGAAUAUGUACUGAAGCAGGUAUGUAUGCGCUGCGGGAGCGGCGGCAGCAUGUUACGCAGGAAGACUUUGAGUUCGCUAUUGCGAAGGUGCUCAAAAAGAACCAGGAGGGUAAUACGUCGGUCAACAAGUUGUUCUCAUGA